AUGACCCGCACGCAGCACCGCCGGCCCCUUAAGCUUGCCGAGAAGAUCUUGGGCAAGGAUGACUCUCCUUUCUUCGUCCUCAACUCGGACGUCAUCUGCGAAUACCCCUUCCAGGCCCUUGCAGACUUCCACAAGGCUCACGGCGACGAGGGCACCAUUGUCGUCACCAAGGUCGAGGAACCCUCCAAGUACGGUGUCGUAGUUCACAAGCCAAACCACCCCUCCCGCAUCGACCGCUUCGUCGAGAAGCCAGUCGAGUUCGUCGGCAACCGCAUCAACGCCGGCAUCUACAUCCUCAACCCCAGCGUUCUCAAGCGCAUCGAGCUUCGCCCAACCUCCAUUGAACAAGAGACCUUCCCUGCCAUAUGCAAGGACGGCCAGCUGCACUCCUUUGACCUUGAGGGUUUCUGGAUGGACGUCGGUCAGCCCAAGGACUUCCUCAGCGGAACCUGCCUCUACCUCACCUCUCUCACCAAGCAGGGCUCCAAGCUGCUCGCCUCCCCCAGCGAGCCCUAUGUCCACGGCGGAAACGUCCUCGUCGACCCCUCCGCGAAGAUUGGCAAGAACUGCCGCAUUGGUCCUAACGUGACUAUCGGUCCCAACGUUGUCAUCGGCGAUGGCGUCCGUCUCCAGAGAUGCGUCCUGCUCGCCAACAGCAAGGUCAAGGACCACGCCUGGGUCAAGUCCAGCAUCAUCGGCUGGAACAGCUCUGUUGGCCGCUGGGCUCGUCUCGAGAACGUCUCGGUCCUGGGUGAUGACGUGACUAUUGGUGAUGAGGUCUACGUCAACGGCGGCUCUAUCCUCCCUCACAAGAGCAUCAAGCAGAACGUCGACUCUCCUUCAAUCAUUAUGUAA